AUGAGAAGACGAAGACGAAGACGAAGAGACGGACGAAAGACGAGCAAAGACAAGGAUGCGGACGAGCAGCGUCAACUCUGGUGGAUGGAUCAGGAACACAACACUAUUGAACCAGCAUCCUCGGAACGAAGUGGAGAGAUCAACGAGACCAGUAAGCAAGCAAUUAUUAAAAUCUGCCUGGCUGGCUGUCUCGCAUUCCGCUGGCUGCCCAUCGAUUCUAGAAGUGAUACGCUAUAUCACCCCCCGACUAUUGCCAUGGGCGGUCUUGGAGAACCCCCGGACACCGAUUGGAAGAAUGCCAGAACCGCUUAA